UUCAACUUAGCACUUGAAAGCGGGAACAUCGAGAAAGCUCUUGAAUCGGCUAAAAAGAUUGAUGAGAAAGAUCACUGGUACCGGCUAGGGGUGGAGGCCCUUCGUCAGGGAAAUGCUGGGAUUGUUGAAUAUGCUUACCAGAGAACGAAGAACUUUGAGAGGCUGUCCUUCCAUUAUCUAAUUACUGGUAAUGUGGACAAAUUAUCCAAAAUGAUGAAAAUUGCCGAGGUCAAGAAUGAUGUUAUGGGUCAGUUCCACGAUGCGCUGUACCUUGGUGAUGUCCGAGAGCGUGUCAAGAUUCUGGAGAAUGCAGGUCAUCUACCUCUUGCAUAUAUCACUGCUUCAGUCCAUGGGCUCCGCGAUAUUGCUAAUCGGUUAGCUGUGGAACUGGGGGAUAAUGUUCCUUCUUUGCCUGAUGGGAAGAGGGCUUCUCUGUUAAUGCCCCCAAGUCCUGUUUUGUGUGCUGGAGAUUGGCCUUUAUUAAUGGUCAGUAAAGGAAUGUUUGAGGGUGGUCUUGAUAAUACAGGCAGAAGUGCAGAAGAGGAUUAUGAAGAGGCUGCAGAUGCCGAUUGGGGCGAGGCUUUGGAUAUUGGUGAAGUGGAAAACAUGCAAAAUGGAGAUAUUAGUACGGUUCUGGAGGAAGAGGACGUGCACAUAGAAACUGAGGAGGGUGGAUGGGAUCUUGAGGAUCUGGAUCUGCCUCCGGAUACUGACACCCCAAAGACGGCUCCAAAUGCACGUUCUUCUGUAUUUAUCGCUCCUAACCCUGGGAUGCCUGUAAGCCAGAUUUGGGUCCAAAAAUCGUCUCUUGCUGCUGAACACGCAGCGGCUGGAAACUAUGACACGGCAAUGCGUUUAUUGAACCGUCAAUUAGGGAUAAAGAACUUCUCUCCUUUGAGACCACUGUUUAUGGAUCUUCACAUGGGCAGUCACACCUAUUUACGUGCCUUGUCCCUGGCCCCAGUGAUAUCUUUAGCAGUUGAGAGGGGUUGGAGCGAGUCAGCGAGUCCAAAUGUGCGGGGUCCACCUGCACUUGUGUCCAAUUUCUCUCAGUUGGAUGAGAAGCUUCAGGCUGGUUACAAGGCAACAACUGCUGGAAAAUUUUCUGAAGCCCUUCACCAUUUUGUGGCUAUUCUUCAAACAAUUCCAUUUAUUGUGGUCGAGACACGAAGAGAGGUGGAUGAAGUUAAAGAGUUGAUUAUCAUUGUAAGAGAGUAUGUUUUGGGUUUGCAAAUGGAACUUAAGAGGAAGGAAUUGACCGAUGAUCCAGUUCGUCAGCAGGAAUUGGCAGCUUAUUUUACCCACUGCAGGCUCCAAAGUCCUCACCGAAGACUUGCAUUGUUGAAUGCCAUGACUGUUUGCUAUAAAGCACAAAACCUGAGCACUGCAGCCCAUUUUGCCAGGGAACUUCUGGAGACCAAUCCAACUGCCGAAAACCAAGCCAAGAAAGCCCGCCAAGUUCUGCAGGCAGCCGAGAGGAAUAUGAGAGAUGUUACGCCAGUGAAUUAUGACUUCAGAAAUCCUUUUGUGGUGUGUGGGUCUACGCACACCCCCAUAUAUCGGGGGCAGAAAGAUGUGACAUGCCCUUACUGCAGCACACAUUUUGUUCCAUCGCAAAAAGAGCAGCUUUGUACAGUUUGUGAGCUUGCAGAGGUAGGAGCUGAUGCAUCUGGUUUAGUCUGUUCACCAUCGCAGAUCGGUUGAUCGGCCUUCUUUCCAGGGCUUGUUCUUGGCUUUUCAUUAGCAGCACCCAUUAAGCCAGUUUGUGGCUUUCAUCUCACAAACGAAGAGUUAGGAUAAUCAAACGACAAUAGAGGUUUCAUUCAGAUUAUAUCUAUGUUCUAUAUGGGUUUUGAUUUUACAGUCAGUUUUCUCAAACGACCUUUUUUUUUUUUUUUUUCUUUUCUUUUUUAAUGAUUACAUUUUCUUUGUAAUAACGUAUGUAAGAUUAUUUACUUUCCCCAUUCUUAUGACGGAUGAGAAUUUAGUGUACCUGAUGCAUCGGGUAAAAUUUAUUGCCUUUUUUUAGCGAGUCUCGAUUUUAAUUUUUGCAGAUGUAAUAGACAGUUUAUUGCUGCUAUUUUGUGGGCUAUUUGAUUUCCCCUUUAUGUUAGUAUAUUAGAAAUGUGUAUUGGCAUUUGGUAUACAGAA